AGCAGGCAGUGAAAUAAGCUCUUAAGUUCUCCUCUCUCUGACAUCCACCCCAUGCCCUUGGAAUCCCUAAGCACAGUACAAACUUGUAGUUACCAUCUGCCAUAAGAGCCUUGUUCUGUAAUCCGUGGCAUUCAGAACUGGCAACUUUCAUUUUAAAUUCCACAUGCAGAUUAAAGAUAUGAUUGAAGCUGGUGAUGUCUCACUCCUUGUCUUGGCUCUUCUUUUCUGUUUGAGCCUGAUAAAAAUACCUUCUCCUUGGUAUUCUGCGCAACUCCCAAAUGCACUCUCCAGUAUCUUUUAGUUGUUUUUUAGAGUGGACAAAGUAAAUGCAAUAAAGCUGGUUCUGCAGGCAGGCUGUAAAGGAGUCUAGACAAGGGAGCUUUUUUAUAAUAGCAAGAGCAUAGACAGUAACUUAUGCACACAGUCUGUUCCAUUGUCUUUUCCCCAUUCCCUGCAGUCUAUACAUAGUCUCCCACUGAAGGCCUGCAACAGCACACCAUCACUCAUGCAACAGAUGGAGUCAGAUAUAAAUCUGGCUUAAUAAAGGAACGCACCAUUAUGUACAUCGUGGGACAAUGUAUAAAACCUGUGUGCUUUCCUACAGCUAUAGGUAAUAGACCUGUAACUCAGCUGUACUUGUACUAUGGUGGGUCACUGUUCUAUUUUGCUGGAUCUAUCACUGAACUGCAGGCCAGCCACAGAUCUAACCCUAUUUAUUGGGGUGGAUUCUCUGGCUGGAAUGAUGAAUGUGUAGCAUGAGGGAGGGAGACCUUGCCAGAAUGAGUAAGGUAACUACUUAAAUAGGCGUUACUAUUCCUCUUUUUCUGCCCUAAGAGUUCGAGUUGCUAUACAGAAUCUGAGUUCCGUUUGACUCCCCAAGACUUCUAGUUUUUCAGCAGAAAAUUGACCAGAGAACGUUUCAGACUUUCUGCCUUACACUGACAGGCUGGAGAGGAGCUGUUUCCUGUGGAUGAGAAAGGCAUGGUCUUGCCCAGUAGCACAGAUAUUCUGGACACGUGGGAGGCUAUGGAAGAGCUGGUGGAUGCAGGUCUGGUGAAAGCCAUUGGAAUCUCCAACUUUAACCACGAACAGAUUGAGAGAAUCUUGAACAAGCCUGGGUUAAAAUACAGGCCUGCCAACAACCAGAUUGAAUGCCACCCAUACCUUACCCAGGAAAAGCUGAUUAAGUAUUGCCAAUCCAAAGGAAUCUCUGUCACAGCAUACAGUCCUCUUGGAUCUCCUCACAGGCCAUGGGCGAAACCAGAGGACCCUUCCCUCUUGGAUGACCCCAAGAUUAAGGAGAUUGCAGCCAAGCACAACAAAACCCCAGCUCAGGUUCUGAUCCGGUUUCAUAUCCAGAGAAAUGUGAUUGUGAUUCCCAAGUCUGUUACCCAACAUCGUAUUGAAGAGAACUUUAAGGUGUUUGACUUUGAAUUGACUAAAGAGGAGAUGGAAACCAUCCUCACCUUUAAUAGGAACUGGAGAGCCUGUGCAUUCACCAUGUGCACAAAUCACAAGGACUAUCCUUUCAAAGCUGAGUAUUAAAGCUGGUGGUGUCUUGCCAUGCUUCCUGACCCCUGGCAGUGGUUCACUUCUGCUGUUACCUCUGACUUGUUCAUUUGUCCCCAUAGCAGUUUUUCACACUACAGCUAUCACACUAUACUUCUCUUCUGGCCACAGAAGAUGUGCUCAAAGGAAAUUUUAUAAGGAGUCUGAAGAACAAAACACUGAAUAUAAUUUCGACCUCCUUAUUACGUGGGAGUGUUUUUGCCAAGAUGGGCUGGGAUUGGCUCAAGUUGAACAGAAAAUACACUAGUUCAAAUUCUCUGUUCACGCUGUUUCACAACAGGUUGUAAUGUGAUUGAGAUUAUCUCUGCUCCCAGAUGGGAGGGUUAGACAGCUGUCAUUUGGAAGAGCCAAUUCUGAAGCCUUGUCUGUUAAAUUCCUGUUUUUGGGAACACUCCUUUGCCUUUCGCUCCCAGGUUGAAGUGCCAGUUGACUUCUGAGUAUGGACAAUGCUACCUGUGCAGCUCUCCCAAACAAUGGAGCUUUUUUGGCCAUCUAAAACUGUGUGUUUUCGCUUGUAAUAAAAGGUUGUCUCGUU